AUGAAGUUCAAAGAGUUUCUCGCCCGCCGAUCCACCCACAGCAUGAACCCCGAGUUUAUGAGCGACGAGUACAACAUGAAUCGCCGACGGUCAUUUGGUCGAGGAGGAGCAGGGAAUAUCCGUUCCCGAGAAGAAGCUGUAACUCUCCCUCCCAUUUCCAUUUCCACGUCCAUCCACGAAUCUCCUCGUGAUCAUCACCAUCAUCGUCCAAUGGGUUCCGGUAGUGAAGAAAGCGGAAGCAACUCAGACGACACGGAAACAACGGAAUCAGCCCGGAGUAAUGGUUCCGAAAAUGACUCUCACCGUCCAACAAGUCCAUAUCAGUUUCACUACCGGUAUCAUUAUCGGCAUUAUCGACCUGGUCAUUUUAGUGGCGGCAGUAGCAGUAGUGGCGGCAGCAGUAGUGCAUGGAGCUCCAUGUCUGUUUCCUCGUCUACGGGUAUGCGUGAGUCUGUGGUUUUGUCGGGUGGUAGAGUCACCACGAUAGAGGAGAGGAGGAAGAGGAGGGAAGGUUAA